UGGCCAUUUUGAUAGCUAUCUCAAGGCUAGGGGGAUUAGCCGGUACGUGCGGUUUAAAUCGUUACAUAUUCCAACUAAAUUCGAAGUUAAGUUUCACCGAAAAAACAGGUACUUAUCGCCUUGACUUUUGAUAAUAUAGUCACGAUCGGAAAGAAGAAAUCCGAGUAUUUAUUAAGAAAGCGAUAAAAAAAGCUGGCUACUCAUUCAUUUUCCCCCUCAAACGUGUCUUGUGUGUGCUAGCACGCUAGCUAGCCGACGAGUAACAAAAGCGCGCUUGUCCGUCAGUGGUGAAGAAGACCUCGGCUUUCAUGGCCGCCGGCGAUUAUAUUUACUGAAACGGUUGUGCGGUGAGCUCUGGUUGUUUUGGGGUUUUUUUCUUUCCCCUCGUCAGUUUUCUGUCCUGCUUAGUUCGCACACCAGUUGCCGUUAAACGACACUUGCCUAGGUCCGAAUCUAUCGCAGCUAGCUAAAGUUUAACUCGCCGUGUACGAAUAAGCAAAGCGUCGGCUCUCCGAACUGCCGUGCAUCCUGCUCUUGACGCGGACGGCGCUGUUGACGGUAUUUUGAAUACAGCCGCGGCCUGUUAUUUUCCCAGGGCCAACAUGUCAGAGUUGUACAUUCGGGUGGCCGAAGACGAAAGCGAGGAGCCAAUGGAGAUCCCGUCAGAGGACGACGGCACCGUGUUGUUGUCGACGGUGGCAGCCCAGUUCCCUGGGGCGUGUGGCCUGCGGUACAGGAACCCGGAGUCGCAGUGCAUGCGUGGUGUCCGCCUGGUCGAGGGUGUCUUGCAUGCACCCGAGAGCGACUGGGGAAACCUGGUGUACGUCGUCAACUACCCCAAAGACAACAAAAGGAAAAUGGAAGAAAUGGAUGCUGCCUCAGCUGUGAAAAUUAAGAGGGGCUUUCAGAAGACUUCAGAUCUCAUUGUGCUUGGGCUUCCAUGGAAAACGUCAGAACAGGACCUUAAAGACUACUUCAGUACAUUUGGGGAAGUCAUCAUGGUGCAGGUCAAGAGGGAUGCAAAGACUGGAAACUCCAAAGGGUUUGGAUUUGUCCGAUUUACUGACUACGAGACUCAAACCAAAGUGAUCGCACAAAGGCAUAUGAUUGAUGGAAGAUGGUGUGACUGCAAACUUCCCAACUCAAAGGCGGGUCCUGAUGAGCCCAUGCGCAGCCGCAAAAUCUUUGUGGGCCGCUGCACUGAGGACAUGACCACUGAUGAGCUGAGGCAGUUCUUCAUGCAAUAUGGGGAGGUCACUGAUGUCUUCAUUCCCAAACCUUUCAGGGCAUUUGCCUUUGUCACUUUUGCAGAUGACCAGGUUGCCCAAGCCCUGUGUGGUGAGGACCUGAUCAUUAAGGGCGUCAGCGUGCACAUCUCCAACGCAGAGCCUAAACACAAUAAUAGUAGGCAAAUGAUGGAACGAGGGCGGUUUGGGGCUGGUGGGUUCGGUCAGGGUUAUGCCAAUAGUCGUGGCGGGCUGGGAAGCACUGGUAGUGGGGUUAACUUUGGGGCUCUUGGUCUUAACCCAGCAAUGAUGGCGGCUGCACAGGCAGCGCUGCAAAGCAGUUGGGGCAUGAUGGGUAUGCUUGCUAAUCAGCAGGGUCAGACUACCACAGCAGGUACUGCCACUACAACCCGAGACCAAACCUAUAGUUCUACGAGCACCAGUUACAGCAGUCCCAACUCAGCUAGUCUUGGUUGGGCUGCAGGCACUAACUCUGCCUCCAGCAGUGGCUUCAGCUCUGGCUUUGGCACCUCUAUGGAGUCUAAGUCUUCUAGUUGGGGAAUGUAGAAGGCUUUAAAUUCAUUGUUUUUGUUUCUUUGAGCUAAUCUGGUAAGUAUACUUAGAGGGAAGAAAAAAUAAUUCUAGUCAUAUCUUAGGUCCCUGCUAUGUAGAAAUAUAUUGCCUUUCAUUUUGGUAAACAAAUUUAUAAAUACAUGUGACUAAUUCUGUAGCCAAUUAUUGAAUGUGUGAAGUGUUUAGUUUGUUAAUGGAAACUGCCACACUACAUAUUUUUUGUUUUUGAGAAAAUGCUACUUUGAGACGUGGCCGUGCAUGCAAAAUAUAUAUUUUUGAAACAUGCACGAGUAUCUCCAGAGCACCCUUCAGCCACUUGUGAAUGGUCAAAUGGGUUUGAUUUUUGUUUAGUGUCUGUAUGCAGUUGAUUGUAUCUUCUUUUUUUUUCUUUGUUUGUUUGUUUGACAUUUUAUGGAAACGCCUUCACAAAUCUCUUCUGCAGUUCAACAACUCUUUUCCAAUUUCCCGGGAGGAAGCGCCUCAUGGGCAGCAUUGUUCGACCGGUCUCAGUUUCAAUACCCCUACUCCCAUGUGUAAAUGCUUUGCCAUCAAAGAUCGCAGCUUCACUCUGCAUAUACUGUGUUAGACGGUGGGUGUUGUCUUUUUCCUCUCCCCUUUUCACAUGGAUAUAGAAAUUUUGUCUGCUCUUAUCGCUGUAGAGAUCAAUGAGUGGUUUGAUGGUGGACAGAGUGAGAGACUGAGUGCGCAACCGGUAGAGAGCAAAAUGAAAGCAAGUGUGCAAAGGACUGUCUGUGCAAUUUUUUUUUCUAAAAGAGCCAAAAUGCCUGGGAGAGUUGGAAGAACCUGUGGCUUUGUGCGAGUGUGAGAGGAAGAAGCACGUACGAGUGUGUUUCUUAUGACCAUCACAAGGACAUUGCAUCUCUUGAUAUCCUUAAGUCUUUUUCUUUGCUCUUUUUCUAUCUAGCUUAAAUCUUGGGGGGGGGGGGGAAAUCAAUGUAAAGUGCUAUGAGUAUCUGUAUCCUCUCGUAGCUUUUUCUUGCUUUCUGAUUUGAUGUGAAUGCUGUGUAUGAUGUGUGCUUUUCUUUCUUGUUACCACCCCUUUGUGUGAAAAUGUGACCUGGUACUGGUGAAGUCUGUUGGUGGGUGGGUGGGGAUUGAAGGGGCACUGAGGGAGCCUGGCAGUGUGGAAGUUGCAAGUGAGCUCAGUGUGACCAGUGACUUCAGCGGCUGGAUUGGCGAGUGUUUGAUAAGUCCCCAUUGAAAGUUUGUGGUUGAAGUGGUUCUGAAUGCCUUUUGUAUGUUUUGUGAAUCAAAGGGAAGUCUCCAAUAAAAGUGAAUAUGACUAGGUAUAAUGCCCUCUUGACAGUGACUUAUUUUUGUCUUUUUAAUAUUAAUUG